UAUAUUUUAUGAUUUGCUAACUACCUAGUUUUCUACUAGGCUCUUACAAUAAUUGUGUUAAAUAAUGCCAGUGAAAGAUAUGGCUUACUUUAUGUAUAAUUUAUUUCGUUUGAAAAAAUACUUAAAAUAUAUUUUUAUAAUAAUAUUAUUUUUAAUUUAUUAUUUUGGUGUAUUCACUCAUUUUUUCGAGUUGGACUACUUUACUGAUUUUGAGUACCCGCUGGGAACGAAUAUAUCGAAAUGCAUAAUAAACAUGCGGUCCGGUAAUUCUGAUCAAUUACCUUGUAUUAAAAUUAAUCCAUUUGAAUAUGACCUACUGUUAGCAAAUAAUAAUAAAUGCGAUAAGAACAUUCAUCUAUUGAUUUUGGUUAAGUCGUCAUUAAAUAAUUUUGAAAGAAGAAGUGUAAUUCGGAAGACAUGGGGUUUCGAGAGUCGAUUCUCUGAUGUAUUUACUAAAACAGUUUUUGUUUUAGGAAAAUCUUAUGAUAUUGAUUUAGAAAAACGCAUCACAGAUGAACAUAAACAAUAUGGUGAUAUAGUGCAGUAUGAUUUUAUUGAUCAAUACUUCAAUAACACAAUUAAGACAUUGAAUGCAAUUAAAUGGGCAUCGACACACUGUAAUAAUUCUAGAUUUUAUUUUUUCUCUGAUGAUGAUAUGUAUGUUUCGAUAAAAAAUUUACUUCGUUAUUUGCGAAAUCCAUUUGAAUAUCCACAUUAUUUAAACCAAGAGAUUAAAGGAAAGCAAUCACAGCAUAACUUGCCUUCAGAUAUUGAAUUAUUUACUGGAUAUGUUUUUAAUUCUUAUCCACUAAGACAUCAAAUAAGUAAAUGGUAUGUUUCUCUUAAUGAAUAUCCAUAUCAUAUGUGGCCCCCUUAUGUCACAGCUGGUGCUUAUGUGCUAUCCCAUGCAGUUUUAAUUAAAUUUCACUAUGGAAGUUAUUACACCAAGUUAUUCCGUUUCGAUGAUAUAUACUUAGGCCUGUUAGCAAAAAAAUUAAACAUAAGUCCUCUUCAUUGUAAAUAUAUAUAUUUUUAUAAAAAAUAUUAUUCUCCAAGUAGUUAUAAAUAUGUUAUAGCUAGCCAUGGAUAUGAUAAUACUGAAGAACUUUAUAAUGUUUGGUUAGAACAAAAAAGUUAUGGAAAUGCAUAAGACUGUUUAGAAUUUCUGAUAAAAUAUAUAAUUGUAUUUUUAACAAAUUAUUCUCAUGUUAUAAAAUUAAAUAUUGA